AAAGGUGGUCUUCCACCCAAAGCCACCCCUCUCUCUCUCUCUCUCUCUCUCUCUCCUGAAUGAACCUCGCUAGAAUUUGGAGAAACUUCGAUGAAACGGUUCUAAAUUUAGUGAUGCGAUAUGUUGCUUAUUCAGCAAUCUAAAUUUAAAGCAUCACUCUCUGUGCAGUGUCUCAUUUAAUUUCCUUUCCUUUUCUUUUCUUUUCUUUUCUUUUUUUUUUUUUUUUGCAGAAGCGGUGUAAAUUUAAAAUUUUCUUCUGCUUCAUUCAGUCUUUCUCUCUCUCUCUCUCUCUGUUCUCUCACAGAAGACUCCUGUUAAAAUGGAGAAAGCUCCCGUUCAUAUCUUUUGAGUGCUAAGCAAGAACAAGAAACUGAGGGAGACCCACCAGAGAAACCUAUCCAAAGUAAUCAGGGAAAAUGAUGAUGGUCGAAACCUCGGGAAAGAAGAGGCCCUCGAUCAACCUCUCCCUCUUCAUCAACUUUUCUGAGUUAUCCUCCUCCGAUUCUGGCUGGAAGUCCCCGAAUUCCAUAAUCGACUGCAAGCCCCCCACCAAAUCUCUCCGGAAGAACUUCGAGGAAGGCGUCGUGGGGCUGGGAAUCGUGGCCGCCAUGAAUGAAAUGAAUGACACCCAUGAUGCAUUUUCCUCAGCUAAAACCAGCAGAGCUGUGAAGAUGGCACUCUCGCCAAGAUCGGAGCCGAUCCCCAUCGUUUAUGCCAAGCCCACCUCUAAGCAUAAAGAACCCAUUUCCGAGAACAAGCAUGAGAUGGAGCUCUCUGAGAGCUAUACGUGUGUCAUUUCCCGUGUUGGGAAUAAUUCGAUCAAGAAACAUGAAUACUUUGAUAAGCCUGAUGACACUACUGGUACUCAGUGGCUGAAUUCUGCUGUUUUCUUCACCUCCCCACCGGACUAUGUUGAGCCCGGGACGGCUUUUCGUACUGCUGACUUCCUCAGCUCUUGCUACCGCUGCAAGAAGAAGCUUCAGGGGCUGGAUAUCUUCAUGUACAGAGGGGACAAAGCCUUCUGUAGCGUGGAUUGCAGAUCGAUCCAAAUUACAAGGGAUGAACAUAGGGAGAAAUGCCUCUCUGGAGCUCGAACGACCUUCGAUUGCUCUGUUUCUCCCUGCUCAACUCCAGUGCUCUUCAAAACAGGGAUUGCAAUAGCUUAAUUACUCAUAGAUACCAAAAUCAAUAAAGGAUAAAAAUGUAGAAGAUAAAAAAGCAAACAAAGAAGGAAGGUAGCCAAAUAAUUGGUAUCACCGCCACCGGCAUAAGUAACAUAAAGAGAGCUUUGAGAGAAUUUCUGAGGUCAUUACUAGGAUUGUCUCAGCAUGCAAAAUCUUGAAGAGGAUAGAGUAUUGAAGAAAGUUUGGAUAUGAAUUAAGGCAUACAAUGAGAAAAGAAAAUUAAGGAGCUGGAUGUUCUAGACAUAUGAUCAUAACUAUAUUAUUGCUAUUAUUAUUAAGGCCUCUAUUUUUACUAGUAUCAGCUUCUCUUCAUGCUUUUCUAGUUCUUUGAUACUGUUCAUCAGUUUGCUAUAGUAUAUAUGUGUGGGAUGUGAAAUCACAGGCACAGUUGUAGGAAUAUGAACCAAUGAAUGGAAUCUGCAAUUUGUGUU